CUUUUGUUUGCGCUGGAAGAGAAGAGAAAAUCAACAAUCUGAAUCUAAACCCAGGUUGGAAAAAGCACUGUUGAAAGUGUCUUAUAAAAUGCUACAUAAUGCAACCAAUGGGUUUUCUUCUACAAACUUGAUUGGUGUGGGUAGUUUUGGCUCUGUGUUUAAGGGCAUCCUUGAUGAUGAAGGCGGCACUAUUGUUGCAAUCAAAGUAUUAAAUCUUCAAAACCCAAGAGCAUCCAAAAGUUUCAUGUCAGAGUGUAAAGCCUUGAGAAACAUCCGUCACAGGAAUCUUGUAAAAGUCAUAACUUCUUGCUCAAGUAUUGAUUGUCAGGGUAAUGACUUCAAAGCUCUUGUCUACGAGUACAUGUCAAAUGGGAGUCUUGAGAAGUUGUUGCAUCCAGCUCUAGAAACGGAACAACAACAACCCGAAAUUCAGAAUCUCUCCCUUCUUCAGAGAAUAAACAUUGCAAUCGAUGUGGCCUCUGCAAUAGAUUACCUCCAUCAUCAUUCCCAUGAGCCAAUCAUCCAUUGUGAUCUAAAGCCGAGCAAUAUUCUUCUCGACGAUGACAUGACAGCUCAUGUUGGGGAUUUUGGGCUAGCAAGGUUUCUUACAAAAUUCUCAAGUCAUAAUCAAAGUAGCUCAGUCGGAGUAAGAGGAACAAUAGGCUAUGCAGCCCCAGGUAAGCACAAGAUUUGUUAAUUUCAACAAUAGUGAAAGAUGAUAUACUUUGAAAUAUAAUUCUUGUGAAUUGCAGAGUAUGGGCUUGGAAGUGAGGUGUCGACAAAUGGGGAUAUCUAUAGUUAUGGGAUCUUGUUGUUAGAGAUGGUAACAAGGAAGAA